GCUUUCAUCCUUGAACUUCAAUCCUUCCAUGGCAAAUCCAUACUACCAAUCUUUCCCUCCUCCAUAUGUUAGUGUUCCAUCACCAUUUUAUUAUCACAACGUUUCUCCUUAUUACUCUACUGUCACAACUAUACAACCUACUUCAUCUAACCCAUAUAUUUCAUACCAACCAGAACCCCAAAAUUCCAAUUUACAAUCAGAAACAUUUUACCAAGACUUGGAAACUCUGAAACAAUAUUUGAUUGAAACUCAUGAGUUAUCAAACAAAUAUAGAGAAGAGUUGAAAGAACAAAUUCAGAAGCUUUCUGAUUCAUUCAAAAAGUCACAGAAUUUUUUGAAAGAAAAAUAUGCUUUGAAGAAAUACUCAGGAAGACUCAAAGAAACGAAAGCAGAACCAAAAGUUGAAGAAAUUGAUUUCUUACAGAAAUCUGUCAAAAAUAGAACAACAUCGCAAUUCUCAAAAUCACCAUCUCUUACACAUUAUUCACUGCAAAUUCAAGCAAUGGAAAAAAUUACAAUUACAAUGGCUACAGAUACACCUGCAACAACCAAAAAAGAUGGAAGAGGAAAACCAAAAACCAAAUCCAUUUCAAGAUCAACCAAAGCUGGUCUCCAGUUCCCCGUCGGCCGUUUUGCUCGCUUCCUCAAAGCAGGUCGUUACACUCAACACGUCAGUUCUGGUUCACCGGUUUACCUCUCUGCCAUUCUGGAACACCUCUGCGCUGAGAUUUUGGAACUUACGGGUAACGCUACAAGGGAUAACAAAAAAUUAUCAGAUCCGAAACGACCAUACAAAAAAUUACAGGAUCAACAACUGUUGCCGGCGAAAUCAACUGAUGUGAAGCGGCCACCGAUGAAACCACCUGAUUUUACGAUGAACACGCGUGAAAGCUUCGAUUUUGUAUUCAUGCUUUCGAAUCCAGAACAACAUCACACUUUCAUUUUUGAUCCCGGUGGUAAGAAAUCCUUUUUUUUUUCAGCGUCCAUUUAAAUUAGCAGAGCCGCGUCACCUCUGCAAGUUUCAUGGAAAGAGGAAUGUUAGGUCAAAGCAAACUUGAGUUUUGUGGAUUGGGCUUUUCAAACGGGUCAUUUAGCCCAAUAGAAAAGAAAAAAAAAAGUAGAAUGAAUUCCAGCAACCUCACGUGAUUACCGACUUUCACUUAUCCAAAUCACCUACUUUCAUGGUUUCUUCUUUCGUGUGGCACUGGCAGCACUUCUAAAUUUUCACUAUUCUUUUAACCUUCACGUGACUCCUUUCAUUCACUACAUCAUUCAUCCUCAUUCAUUUAAUUCAUUUUGAAUUAAAUGUUUCAUUUAAAGAAUUUAACUUUUUUCAUUAAAGGUGCACACCAUGCCUCCCAACUUGGUCACGUGUAGCCUCACUUAAAAAAAAUUGAGUUCAUUUGAAACUUUAAUUUUAUUAGAACCUUGAGGACAAGGUUCAAGUGGACCCCGCGGUAAUGAUAGAUAGUAUAAUUUAGUAUUUAAGUUUAUUAGUAAUUUAUAUAAGUUCUAGUUUUAUUUGUAUUGUCAUUUA